AUGUCAGAAAUCACCGCCGCCUCCCUUCCCGCGCUCCUCGAGCAUGACAACCGCGUCAAGCUCGCCGGCCUCGACGUCGACGGCAUCCUGCGCGGCAAGAUUGUCUCCAAGAAGAAGUUCCUCUCCAUCGCCGAGGCCGGCUUCGGGUUCUGCUCCGUAAUCUUUGGCUGGGAUAUGCACGACCAGACGUACCUGCGCGAGCUCAAGGUCUCCAACGCCGAGAACGGCUACCGCGACAUGCUCGCCAUCCCCGACCUGUCCAGCUACCGGCGCAUCCCCUGGGAGAACAACGUGCCCUUCUUCCUGGUCAGCUUCUUCGACCCCGAGACCCGCGAGCCCAUUUCCGCAUGUCCCCGGGGCCUGCUGCGCAAUCAGGUCGAGAAGCUCAAGGCGCAUGGCUACGGCGCCAUGGCUGGAGCCGAGUACGAGUUUUACACAUUCAAGACACCUUCAUCCGACGAUUCGUCCCCGGCCGCCUUCCUGCAGAGGAAUCCACCGAGCCAACUCCCCUCGCUCACUGAGGGCAUGUUUGGAUACUCGCUCACGCGUCCCGUACACAACAAGGACUGGUACUACGACGUCUACGACACAUGCGCCAACUUUUCGUGCGACAUCGAGGGCUGGCACACCGAGUCCGGCCCCGGCGUGUACGAGGCCGCGCUCGAGUUUGGCGAGGUGGCGCAGAUGGCGGACCGCGCCAGCCUCUUCAAGUACGUCGUCAAGAGCGUCGGCGCGAACCACGGCAUCACGCCCUGCUUCAUGGCCAAGCCCAAGCAGGGCCUGCCCGGCAACAGCGGCCACAUGCACAUCUCCCUCGUAGACAAGGAAGGCAAGAACCUGCUCGCGCGGGAGACCAUGGACGAGAGCGCCGAGUGGAAGGACAUUGCCGGCCUGUCGGACAUGGGGCGGCACUUCCUGGCGGGCCUGCUCGAGGGCCUGCCGGACAUCAUGCCCAUCCUCGCGCCCACCAUCAACUCGUACAAGCGGCUCGUCGAGAACUUCUGGGCCCCCGUCACGGUGUCGUGGGGGUUCGAGCACCGCGCCGCGUCGAUCCGCAUCAUCUCGCCGCCCACGUCCAAGGCCGGCGCCACGCGCUUCGAGGUGCGCGUCCCCGGCGCCGACACCAACCCGCACUUCGUCCUGGCCGCCAUCCUGGGCUGCGGCUGGCGCGGCGUCGAGCGCAAGCUGGCCAUUCCGUGCCCGCCCCUCGCCAUGGGCCAGGACGUCGGCGGCAAGGAGGACAUGGGCGAGCGCCUGGCCAAGAGCCUGCGCGAGGCGACGGACCGCUUCAAGCGCGAGGGCAGCGUCGCGCGCGAAGUGUUUGGCGACGACUUUGUGGACCACUUUGGCGGCACGCGGGAGAACGAGGUGCGCCUGUGGGACGAGGCGGUCACGGACUGGGAGAUGAAGCGGUACAUAGAGACGGUGUAG